AUGGGGCUUCCUUUGCCAUCGGCGGGGGAGGCCGCAGUGCAGCUGCUGGUGUACACGUUGGUCGAGGACUACCUCUCCUACUGGAUCCGCCGCGUGCUGCACACUGACUGGGGCUACGAGAGGAUCCACCACGUCCACCACGAGGUCACAGCGCCCACGGGGUUCGCCACGUCAUUUAGCCACGGAUUCCUUCUAUGCUAUGCUAUGGACUUGUUAUUACACCCCAUGCAUGCACGCCACAAACUGCAUACAUGCAGGUACAACUUCCCAUUUGAACCCACCAAGUUGAUCCCGUUCUAUGGAGGAGCAGAAUUCCAUGACUACCAUCACUAUGUGGGGAGGCAAAGCAAGAGCAACAUUAGUUCUGUUUUCGCAUACUGCGAUUAUAUAUACGGAACGGAUAAAGGAUACAAAUACCGCAAGGCAAACAUAGCAAAUAAGCUGAAAGCGAAGUUGGCAAGUAACAAUACAGAGAAAGGAGGCAGCAAAGGAUCCAGCAGCGCGAAACUGGACAGAGAAUAUUGGUUACCGUUUGAACCUGAAUAA